AUGGCCAAAGAAAAGUCCAAAGCCUCCCCCCUGCACAUCUCAGGCCAAUCCAACCACCCCCUUUCCCUUCCCGCGCACGCCCUCACGGCCACGCAAGUCGCUUCCGAGCUGAACGCCGACAUCCUCUCGGGCCUCUCCCCCGCCGAAGCCAAUGCCCGACUGGAGCGCUUCGGUCGCAACGACCUGGGUGAGGACGAAGGCGUGCAGCCGCUCAAGAUUGUUGUUGCUCAGAUUGCGAAUGCUAUGACUUUGGUGCUCAUCUUGGCGAUGGCGGUUAGUUUUGGGAUUCAGUCGUGGAUUGAAGGCGGGGUCGUGGCCGCGGUGAUUAUGUUGAAUAUUGUGGUUGGUUUCUUUCAGGAGUACUCGGCUGAGAAGACGAUGGACUCGCUGCGGUCGCUGAGCUCGCCGACUGCUACUGUCGUUCGCGGGGGUGAGGCCGUCGUGGUUCCGUCGGGUGACGUAGUUCCGGGUGAUCUGAUCGAGGUCAAGAUGGGAGAUACCAUUCCUGCUGAUAUCCGCCUCCUCGAAACCAAAAACUUCGAAACCGACGAAGCCCUCCUCACCGGCGAAUCUCUCCCCGUCCGCAAACACGCCCUCACCACCUUCCCCUCUCCCACCGGCCCCGGCGACCGCCUCAACAUAGCCUACAGCUCCUCGACCGUCACCAAAGGCCGCGCGAAAGGUAUCGUCUUCGCAACAGCAACCUUCACCGAAAUCGGCGCCAUCGCAUCCGCUCUCAACCAAAAGGACCACCCGCGCGUGCGGCCCGUCAAACGCAAACCUGACGGCCAUGCUGGUCCGCAUCGGUAUCUAGAGGCGUAUACCUUAACGCUCGGCGACGCCAUCGGCCGGUUUCUCGGGGUCAGCGUCGGUACGCCGCUGCAGAGGAAACUGAGUAAACUGGCCAUGGUGUUGUUCGGCGUAGCCGUGGUAUGCGCAAUUAUCGUGCUCGGCGCAAAUGCGUUCCACACCAGCCAGGAAGUAGUCAUCUACGCCGUAGCCACAGGCCUGUCAAUGAUCCCGGCUUCGCUGGUGGUCGUAUUGACGAUUACGAUGGCGGCGGGGACCAAGAGGAUGGUGCAGCGGAAUGUGAUUGUGCGGAAUCUGAAGAGCCUAGAAGCGUUGGGGGCGGUGACGGAUAUUUGUAGUGAUAAGACGGGGACGUUGACGCAGGGGAAGAUGGUGGCCAGGGGGGCGUGGGUGGCAGGGUUGGGGACGUUUACGGUGGAGUUGACGGCUAGUGAGCCGUUUAACCCGACGAAGGGGGUGGUGAGGUUUGAUGAGAGGGAGCCGUGUGAGAUUGACUUUGGCUCGUCUCAGGGGGCCAACACCAUCACCAACGACAACGCGGACGAAAAGCCCUCGGCCACGACGUCCCCUAGCGAUCUCAUCGCUGGAAGCAAAUCUCGCCUUCAGGAGUUCCUCACUGUGGCCUCGCUAGCCAACGUAGCCACCGUCUUCGAGAAAGAGAACACCUGGGUUGCGCGGGGCGAUCCAACAGAAAUCGCCAUCCAAGUCUUUGCCAGCCGUUUUGGGAAGAACCGACUCAACCUCACCUCGAACAAGCCCCCUGGCCCACACACCAAGGAUACGACCCAGGGUACGGAUAGCAAACCAGAAUGGCUUGACAUCGCCGAGUUCCCCUUCGACAGCGAUAUCAAGCGCAUGAGCGUCCUCGUCCAACACACCCCAACCAAUACCCACCAUGUCUUCACCAAGGGCGCUGUGGAGCGUGUCCUGGACGUCUGCACGCACUACCACACCUCUGACGAUGACCAAGACCAAAACACCCCGCCAACCGAAAUAACCGAUGCUUUCCGAGACCAGGUCCUGACCAACAUGUCCGCUUUAGCCUCUCUCGGUCUGCGUGUCCUGGCUCUGGCUAGUCGACCUCUUCCUGCUUCUUUCCUCCCCGGUACUACUUCCCCUGACGACGACGACGACGACAACGACGCCAAGAACAACACCACACUGGAUUCCCUCCCCCGUACCCCCCUCGAAUCCUCCCUCACCUUCCUCGGCCUAAUCGGCCUCUACGACCCCCCGCGCCCCGAAUCCGCCCCGGCCGUGCACCAAUGCCACGAAGCCGGAAUCGCAGUGCACAUGCUCACCGGUGACCACCCGGACACGGCACGGGCGAUCGCACAUGAGGUCGGGAUCUUACCCAGCACCAAGGCUCUCGGGAGGGUGAGAGGGGAAGUGGCGCGGGCGAUGGUUAUGACCGCGGGGGAGUUUGAUAAGUUGAGUGAUGAGGAGGUGGAUAAGUUGCCGGUGUUGCCGUUGGUUGUGGCGAGGUGUGCGCCGGGGACGAAGGUGAGGGUUGUGCAGGCUUUGCAUCGAAGGGGGAGGUUUGUUGCUAUGACCGGCGACGGCGUAAACGACUCCCCCUCCCUCCGACACGCCGACGUGGGCAUAGCCAUGGGCCUCUCCGGCUCCGACGUCGCCAAAGACGCCUCCGACAUUGUCCUCACCGAUGACAACUUCGCCUCCAUCGUCUCCGCCAUCGAAGAAGGCCGCCGCAUCUUUGACAACAUCCAAAAAUUUGUCCUGCACGUCCUCGCUGAGAACCUCGCGCAAGCCGGUACUUUGCUCGUCGGCCUGGCCUUCAAGGAUGCUUCGUCUUUAUCUGUCUUCCCCUUGGCCCCUGUGGAAAUCGUCUGGAUUAUCAUGAUCACUUCCGGCUUACCAGACAUGGGCCUCGGCUUUGAACGCGCCGUGCCCGAUAUCAUGCGGCGUCCGCCACAUUCCCUGCGCACGGGUAUCUUCACGGCUGAAUUCCUUGUCGACAUGGUGGUAUACGGCCUCUGGGUUGCAGCCCUGUGCCUAGCCAGCUUCGUAUUGCGCGUCUAUGCCUGGGGCGGUGGCCAACUCGGCGAGAACUGCAACGAUCGGUUCAACCAGGGGUGUGAGACGGUGUUCCGGGCGCGGGCGACCACUUUUGCAUGUCUGACGUGGUUUUCGCUGUUUCUCGCCUGGGAGGUGGUUGAUGCGAGACGGUCGUUUUUCCGCAUGCAGCCGGGGAGUACGAAGUAUUUCACGCAGUGGUUCCACGAUGUGUGGCGGAACAGGUUCUUGUUUUGGGCUGUUGUGUUUGGGUUUGUGUCGCUGUUCCCGACGCUGUAUAUCCCGGUCAUCAACCACGUCGUGUUCAAGCACACGGGGAUUAGCUGGGAGUGGGGCAUCGUGUUUGUCGCGGCCGUGUUGUUCUUCGCCGGCGUUGAGGCGUGGAAGUGGUCUAAGCGGGUAUUUUUCCGUCGCCAGGCGCGAAGGGCCGCCGGGGGCAACGGGAAAGCGUGGAAGGACUUGGACGUUGAGGAGCGGGUGUUUGGCGACUAUCUGAGCGGGUAUGAGAGUGGCGAGGCUGUUGUGUCUGCUAACGGUCGUGAUUGA